UUGAGAGGCUACUGUCCUCAGUUGUGUGUGUGUGUGUGUGUGUGUGUGUGUGUGUGAAGUUUGUCAAGAUGCCAGCAGGAGACGGGAAGAGUGACAUGGAGCGUCUAGGUGUCUUUAAGGAGAUGGGCUACAUUUCCAUAGGAGACAAAUACACCUUAGCUUCAUAUCAUCCAUUCAAUGAGUCGGCGUAUCACAGCCGUCAGAUGCAGGCAGGCGUUGCUAAACACACAUGCGCACUACAGAGUGGCUUCUUUGACUCCACGUUCAGACGGAUAUUUGAACGUGAAGCACUGAACGAUCCUCUGAGACUGGCCCGGCGAUACCGCAUCCAGCAGGCCAAGAAGAACCUGGGCAAGGCCUUUCUUCCCUGUAAUGGAACAAAGACACCGUCUGGUUCAGGUAGUCACUAUGGGACUCUGUCAGGACCAGUCGAGGCCAUGAGUGCCUUGACAAUCACCCAGAAAGCUCAGCCCUCUCCUGGACGCAACAUCCUCACCUCCCCUGCCAAGAAAGGAAGUGGCUACAGCUUUCCCAAUUUAACACUGUCCAAAAUGGAGCUGUAUGCCUCAGACCCCUACGACAGGGCCAAGGAACUACUGAAGAGAGAGAUAGCAAGCCAUCGCUCCAGACUGAAGGGUGGCCCCUUCAAGCUCAACCUUCACCCCAGAGACUAUUUCCAUGACAACCCAUACCAUAGUGGCAAGCCACUCCCACCAGCAAAUAAGCCACACCUACCACAAAAGAAAGACCUACCACUUCCCUUCAAACCUCCCUCCCCCAGUAAACGGGUUGGGGGAAUGAAAGCAGGGACAUUUGAUGUUUAUCCCCCUCAUUCUGCUGAUCCCUACACUCCUCGUCGCCCCAAACAAACCAGUCAAGAGUGCCGGAUCUUUCGACCAGCUCCUGGUCCUAAGAGCACACCCAUCAGAAGCAUCAUCAACCUCAAUGCUAGCAGGGUGGUGCACUCUGCAAACUACGCUUCCCCUGCCUGAGCUGUUGUGAGUCUUUGACUACAUUACCCAUAUUUCAUCACCAUGGGCUCAGUGUAUAAAUCAUACCAUGUGGCAGUCCCUGAUAUGGCAAUACUUCUAUGGGUCAUGCCAACAUUAUAAAGGUUCUAGCAGUGAUUUAAUGUACCAAGAAGGGUUCCCUGGAUGAAUUUCUGGUGCAGGUGUAAUAGAUAACUAAGGACGAGGACAACCUAAUCUUGGGCUCAUCUUCCCUGAACUCAGUGCCAUUUUCUCCUCUUUCUCUCUUUCCUCUCCCACAUAGAGCCGGCAAAAUGGGCAAGGGUGGGUUUGGCUGAGUUGAAGGGUACUGCGUGACACUUUGAAUGUGCACCUUAUCUUAGUUUGUUGGUUUGUUUUCUCCCCUUCUCUUUUCCUUCUCUUCUGCUGGCUGUUACUUUAUGCAUGACAGAAAAUCCGAAGCCUAUAUUACACUUAUACUGUCAUCCCUCUUUAAA